GUCAGUAAAGGUUCUCAUUACUCUCUUAAGCCUACGCUCGUUAAUGACCACGUCAAACAAUCUAUCAACGAAUCAAGUCAAUCCCAUAACCUCUUUCUCUCCUAUAGCACUUUAUUUCCUGUCAGAGAACUUUACUCCCUUCCAUGGCCCUUUAUUCCCUGUCAGAGAACUUUACUCCCUUCCAUGGCCCUUUAUUCCCUGUCAGAGAACUUUACUCCCUUCUAUGGCCCUUUAUUCCCUGUCAGAGAACUUUACUCCCUUCCAUGGCUCUUUUUAUCCUGUCAGAAGACUUUACACCCUUCCACGGCCCUUUAUUCCCUGCCAUAGGACUUUAUUCUCUCCCAUAGCUCUUUAUUUCCUUUAAUGGGAAUUUAUUCUUUUCCAUAAAACUUUGUUUACUCCCGUGAAUAGCAAAUUAUUACGAAUGUUUUGCAUUAACAAUUUCCUUUCUUUUUUCCCCUAAUUGAUGAUGUGCUACCUGUGUUACCUGUGCUACCUGUGCUACCUGUACACAGGUGAGCUGAACGAGAAGUUCGUGCUACUGGAGAAGCAAGUGUCUGAACAGUUCACCGUGCUUAAGACUAUGGCUCUGAACAUCGAGGAACAACUUCGAGUGCAAGACAAACUGAUCAAGGGUCACCAGGACGCCCUUCACCAGGUCAUGAGGGUGGUCAGGAGUGGAGCAGCAGCAGGAGCAGCAGCAGGAGCAGCAGCAGGAGCAGCAGCAGGAACAACAGCAGGAGCAGACUACACCUAUCAACCUGAGGAAGGCCACGAGGAAGGCUAUGAAGCUGCAGAUUACAGCCUGCAGGAGGAGGAGGAAGUCUCGCCCCGUCAGACGGAGAUCUACCGCUUCAACUCAACUAUGCACCAGGAGGAAGGUCGGCGGGUGUUCACUUACUACUGGAGGGUGGCAGACGUGAACUACAAGAUGAACAACUGGGGCAGACAGCGCUCACUGAGGUCACAGAGUUUCUACGUCUUCCAGGGAGGCUACAGGAUGUACAUCAGGAUCUAUCCCAACCAUAAUGGAGAGAAUGUUUAUGUUCACGUGGGACUUACUGAGGGAGACUACGACUCUUCCCUGGACUGGCCCUUCCGCCUAAAACACAGGAUCAACAUCCUGGAUCACGGGUUCCCGGCCGAAGACCUGACCAGCCGCGUCUGGGACCCGACUGAGCUGUGUUCAGGGUGGAACUGGCGCCGACCAGGCUCCGGUGACAACUACGAGUGUGUGGGACUAGGCUUCUCCAAGGAGGUGCUACGCUCGCGGAACUACAUCAAGAACGAUGCUAUCGUUAUCAAACUCACAGUCUUUCUCAGUCCAGCGUAAGAAGGAGAGACACCAGGACAGCAAGAAAAGGAACAACGGGGGAAAAAUACGCGAGAGAAAAUACGAAAGGAAGCGGAAGAAACAACGUUAAAAAGAGAAAAAAUACGAAAAUGAGUAAUCAGAAAGGGGGGAUUAACGUCACUAAUACGUUUAGAGACGUUAUCAAGCUUCCUGUAAUCCGCAGGACACCAAGAAAAGGAAUGGUAGGGGAGAGAAGAAGGGAGAGAGAAAAGGAUAAAUAGAAGAGGUGAAGGAGGGGGGAAAAAAGAAUUGGGGAACGGAGCAAAACGAAGAGGAGUAGGAGGGAAGAAAUGGAGAAUAUAAGGAGAAGGAGAUGGAAAGGAUGGAAUAUGUACACCAUGGAUUGUACAGCCAUGACAGCAAGAUAGUGUACACCAAGACAACAAGAUAGUGUACACCAAGACAGCAAGAUAGUGUACACCAAGACAGCAAGAUAGUGUACACCAAGACAGCAAGAUAGUGUACACCA